AUGGCCAGUAAUCAUAAACCUUCAGCAGCUCGCCCUAUUUCACGAGGAAUUGGGCUGACAGGAAGACCACCUUCUGGGAUACGACCCCCAUCAGGAAAUAUUCGAGUGGCAACUGGAAUGCCACCUGGAACAGCAAGGCCAGGCUCUCGUGGUGGUCCUAUAGGGACAGGAGGAGUUCUGUCUUCUCAAAUCAAAGUUGCAGAUCGUCCGGUAACACAACAAGGUUUGAGUGGAAUGAAAACGGGAAUGAAAGGUCCACAGAGACAGAUUUUAGACAAAUCUUAUUAUCUUGGGCUUCUUAGAAGUAAAAUCAGUGAACUUACGACUGAAAUUAAUAAACUUCAGAAAGAAAUAGAAAUGUACAAUCAAGAGAAUUCAGUAUAUUUGUCAUAUGAAAAGAGGGCUGAGACUUUAGCUAUUGAAAUCAAAGAGUUUCAAGGACAAUUGGCGGACUACAACAUGUUGGUAGAUAAACUUAAUACCAAUACUGAGAUGGAAGAAGUAAUGAAUGAUUAUAACAUGCUUAAAGCUCAAAAUGAUCGUGAAACACAAAGUAUGGAUAUCAUAUUUACUGAAAGACAAGCGAAAGAAAAACAAAUUAGCCAUGUAGAGGAAGAAAUUGAACAGGAAAAGCAAGCAGCAGAUGGCAUUAUCAAAAAUAUGUCUCCUGAAAAACAAGCGAAGUACACAGAGAUGAAAACUGCAAAUGAGAAAUUGUUGCAGGAAUUAGAUGCACUUCAACAACAACUGGAUUCACUGAACAUGAAAAAGGAGGGCCUGGAAGCUGAAAUAGCGCACUCCCAGGUAAAACAGGAGGCUGUAUUGCUGCAUGAAAAACUUGAUGAGUUAGAGUCUCAUCGAGAUCAGAUGAUUGCAGAAGACAAAAGCAUGGGUUCGCCAAUGGAAGAGAGAGAGAGAUUACUGAAACAGGUUAAAGAAGAUAAUCAGGAAAUAGCCAGCAUGGAGAGACAGUUUAGGAAUAUAUGUGAGAAGGUAGACAUACAAUGGAGUCCUGGUCUUUUGAAAUUAACAGUAUAUUUUGUAUCUUUUUUAGGAGAAAUGAAUCAGAAGUACAAGGAGCUAAAAAAAAGGGAGGAAAAUAUGGACAGUUUUAUUGAGACUUUUGAGGAAACUAAGAAUCAGGAACUGGAACGGAAGGUACAAGUAGAAACCAGCAUUGUUGCGCUUUUGGAGCAUUGCAGCCGAAAUAUAAAUCGCAUGAAACAGAUAUCUUCGAUCACCAACCACGAGCUGAAGAUGAUGCAGGAUGACCUCAGUUUUAAGUCUACUGAAAUGAAGAAAUCACAAAGUACAGCUAGAAAUUUGACUUCAGAUAGUCAGCGUCUGCAGUUGGAUCUACAAAAAAUGGAGCUUCUGGAAAGUAAGAUGACUGAGGAGCAACAUUCUCUAAAAAGUAAAAUUAGGCAAAUGACUAUUGAUCUGGAGACAUAUAAUGAUUUGCCAGCUUUGAAAUCAUCAGGUGAAGAAAAGAAAAAGAAAUUACAUCAGGAGAGAACAGUAUUAUCAACUCGUAGAAAUGCCUUUAAGAAAAUAAUGGAGAAAUUAAACACAGACUAUGAGACACUGAAAACACAACUACAAGAAAAUGAGACACAUUCCCAGCUUACAAAUUUGGAGAGGAAGUGGCAACAUCAUGAACAAAAUAACUUUGUGAUGAAAGAAUUCAUAGCAGCCAAGAGUCAAGAGAGUGAUUACCGGCCAAUUAUGAAGAAUGUGAGCAAGCAGAUUGCAGAAUACAAUAAAACCAUCGUGGAUGCGCUACAUAACACUAGUAGAAACUGA